AAGAACCACCAGCUUGCACGCGGUCAUUAUGGCAUCGGCCGCAUGCCCCCUUUCCCGAUGUUCACCAUGCCCAUUGAGCCAGCCAAGCACCAAAUCUAGGUUGAAACAUCCUCGGCCGCCCUUCCCGGUCCCGUUCGCUCGGGCGUUUCCGUCAUCGUGCGCCACCUGUACAGCACGAGUUGGAGCCUCAGCGACGGAGCCCAACAGAAAGGCAGAAACAGCGGCGUUAGUUAUUCCCAGGACGAGGCGCGGCGGACGUUGCAUGCGAAACGAAGGGCGGCGAUUUAGGCUGGUACCGACGGCGUCAAGCCAGCCCGAAGGGGACGUCACAUCUAGCGGCGUCCCAUGCCCAUCCACCCCGUGCGGUGCCGACAGGGAGUCCUCAUACACACUUGAAGACACGCGGACCCUGGUUGAGACCGCCAUGCUUGCGGCCGUGUCGGGCUUAGCCUACAUGCUAUCCACCAUCCUUAAGCUGGAGAACAGCCUGGGCUACUUCCUGCCCCUACCGGUGGUGCUGUCGGCUUUGCGCAGUGGCGGAGGAGCGGGCUGGCGGACCAUGACCGCGACCUGCUUCCUGCUAGUAGUGCUCCUGGGCCCCCUUCGGGCAAUGAGCUACCUGUUCCUGCACGGUCUGCUGGCAGCGACCCUAGGCUCACUAUGGAGCAGCCGAGUGGGCUUUUGGCCUGGCGUGGUGGCGGGCGCGCUAGUACGGAUGUGCGGCCAGUUGUCGUACCUGGUCAUGUCGUCGGUGACCAUGAACGAGAACAUGUUUGCGUUGCUGCUGAGCAACGUGUACAAUAUGCUGGACCAAGCCUCCGCCGCACUGGGCCUCAGCGGGGCCCCGUCCCCGCUGGCGGUCAACUGCACCAUCUCCUCCUUGCUGCUCAUCAACGGCCUGACGUACUGCUUCCUGGUGCAUGUGGUGUACCGGGUGCUGCUGGGGACCAUGGGCUACCAGUUGGGGCCACUGCCGGGGUUGGUAGCUAAGUACGUCAACGCAGGGGUGGUGGAGCGAUAGGAAAAGGCGGCAGCACGCGCCGCGGCGAGGUUGGGGUUUAAGGAUAAGACAUCUAGACAUGCUGGAUGGUACCCAAACGUGGGCCGAGAUCUGGCCUAGACGGCUAGAGAAUCACAGAUCGUGGAGGGAGGGAACGAAACGGGAGGGAAAAGAGGAUUUGAAUGGUAGGAGGCGGAUGGCUAGCAGCGGCAGGUAAUGUUGGCGCGGUAUGGGUGGAUGGGUCUAACCAUGCAGGGCCAACACGAUGCAGAACCACACUACCAGGGUUGCAAUUCCGGUUGGAUGAGCGAUGGGCGUUCGGUUUGGGGAGUUGGGUUUGUACAUGUCCCAGACUCCUGCCGAGGUUUAGCCGGUUGGGCCGCUGGAAGCUUGGCCCUCUACUUCUAUUGCACUUGAACGAGGAUCAUUGCCAUUUGUCAUGGUCCAGGGGCGUGCCAACAAUAUGUGCCUACGUUUGCUGUACAGUUUUGUGGUCCUAAUACAUUAUGUUGAAACGGGAUGGCGGUAGGAUUGUAAGGCUUAAGUUAUUU